GGAUUUAGAGGAUGGCUGCGGGCAUCGAGCCACGAAAGUUCCGGCUCACGCUGGGCUUUGGCGAUGAAGAGCGUUCCGUCAUCCACGACUCAAAGGCGGAAAAGUCGUACAUUGGGCGGAAGGGGUGCGAGAUCACGGUCAAGGCGAUCUGGAGAAGAAGCACUGCGUUCUUCGGUACGAUGUCAAGUCCGAGUCAUACUACGUCAUGGACGCAGGAUCCAAUUCGGGCACGUUCUUCAAAAAGUACGGCGAGGCCGACAAGGAGUGGCUUUGCAUCGGCACGGCCGAGCAGUCCCCGUCGCAGCGAAAGAAGGCCGGGCGGACGCUGCAUGAGGGCUCGCAGAUCAAGUGUGGAUCUGUCAUCUUUACGGUCCUUUCCAUCCAGGAGCUGACCCAACUCAUGGUCCAGCGGCAGCUGGUGUUGGAGGUCAUCCGCGGCGAGUCGGCCGGCAAGACCUUCCUUAUGCGCUUCCGCGACAUGACCAUCGGCCGGCGGAACAAGAAGCAGCCCGAGUGUACCAACGAAAUCAUGGUAGUUAAGGACUCGACGUCAUCGGUCUCGCGCGCGCACUGUCGCAUCCGCCUUGAGCGUUCGCACUCGAUCGAGGACUUGUCGGCAUCGGGCACAUUUGUCAAGCGCGGGCCGGUCUCGGCCGCCGACCUCGACAGCGACGAGGGCUGGAUUCACGUCCGCAAGAACACCAAGCACCCGCUCAACCACUCGGAUGUCAUCCGCCUCGCAGAGUCUGUCUUUAUCCUCGUCUCGGAUCCGUCCAAGGGCGGGCCCGUGCCCAACAAGCCCGAUCCGCCGGUGUGCAAGGUGCUCUCGCCAACCUCGAUCCACCUCUCGUGGGCUGACCCGCCGUCGCCUGCCAGCGAUGCCACACUCUUGCCCAUCCGCAAGUUCAAGGUCACUCGCGCCACGGGCACACCCGAAGACUGGACCGCCAUCAUCGGCGGCCUCGCCUAUGAGUGGACCGAGGACGGCCUCACGCCCGACACCACCUACCACUUUCGCGUGCAAGCUCAGAAUGAUGUCGGGCUCUCGUCGCACUCGGACAUUGUGACCAUCUCCACCCCGCCGGCAGACGCAGACGCUGCUGCAUCGCCGGCCGACGCGAGUCCAACCGCCUCCGAACGUGCAUCGGCACCCGAUGCCGCUGCUAGCCAGGAAUGAAGUUCCUAGUCACU